GCUGAUCUGACAGCAGAUCUCAGGUCAGCUGGUCACCGACCGACCGACCGACCACAGCUGGAGAGACUCAGUCUGUUGGAUCCUGCGUGUUGACAGCGACACUAAACCACCAUGGUAGCUCUGAUAUAUACAGUCCAACGAGCAGAAGAAGCAGUCUGACAGCGACCAGCAAUGAAUGAACCGAGGACAGCUGAGACUGGGACUAUCUGAAAAAGACGCGGAAAGUUUGGGGAGUGUUUCCAGAGAUACUCUCUCUCUCUCUCUCUCUCUCUCUUCAGCCUCUUGGAUUCAGGUUUUACGCAGCAUUAUUCCAGCUGGACUCUCGACGCUUGUGGAAGAUAAAUGAUGAAGUUUAAGCCCAACCAGACCAGGACCUACGAUGGAGAAGGGUUCAAGAGGAGAGCUGCGUGUCUGUGCUUUAAAACCGAGAGAGAGGACGAGGUGCUACUGGUCAGCAGCAGUCGACAUCCAGACCAGUGGAUCGUGCCAGGAGGGGGAAUGGAGCCCGAGGAGGAGCCUUGUGGGGCCGCCGUCAGGGAGGUGUACGAAGAGGCUGGCGUGAAGGGAAAGCUCGGCAGACUACUUGGGAUUUUUGAGCAAAAUAAAGACAGUAAGCACAGGACGUACGUCUACACCCUCAUAGUGACGGAGACACUGGAAGACUGGGAGGACUCCGUCAACAUUGGAAGGAAGAGGAAGUGGUUCCAAGUUGACGAAGCCAUCAGGGUGCUGCAGAGCCACAAGCCUGUCCAUGCGGAGUACCUCCGCAGACUCACAAACACCUGUAACCCCCCCUGCGGUCCCGUGUGUAGCCCGACUAACGGCAACAACACCCCGAGUUCCCAGGUGACGGACAACAACGCGCCUCGCUAUGUUGUUUGCUACACACAGGCCUCAGAUCUCACCAACAGAUAGGACCGCCACUGCCACCACCGCCGCCACCAGCAGCAGUUCUUCUAAGAGGAUGCAUCUUGAGGAUGCACAUCUGGAAAAGACUUCUGCAUUGAUUGCAUCACUAAUGCAGCCUCUUAAUAUGUACAGUAUGAAAUGAAACCCAUUUUUGAGGGAGUGCCAAAAUGUUUUCCAAGUUUAUUUAAGAUUUUAUAUGUAUAUUUUUUAACAACUAAUAGAGCAAAUGUGUCCUUUUUAAAGCCUUCAGCUCUAGGUGGAUUUAUCUCAGAGUUCAAGGUUCCUGUUUAGUCUUUAAUGGCGAAUAUUUGACUAGCAGUGCACACAAAGUGUUUGGGCGGUUUCCUGGGAAGUGUUAGAGGAAGUCAUAUCGCCACGGUGACUCAGUGCCAAAUAAUGCCCGUCUGCAAGACGUUCUGAGGAGGAGCAGCUGCAUGUGUAUGAAUCACUUAUUGCAAUGUUUUUUGUUGAAUUGUUAUGAGACUUUUUGGCUGUAAAACUAAUGUCACCUCACUACAACUCAAGUCUUGUGAGGUAUUUUGCCUGAAGAGAGCAAAGUCUGCUUUGCUCGUCCUGUAAUGACAACCUUACACCUACACACAGUAUCACCUCUAAUCACUAGUAACAGUAUACUACUGUAAUAAAGAUUACACCAGGGGUCAGCAACCUGCGUCUCUUCAGCCCCUCUCCAGUGGCUCCCUGUGGAUUUAUAAAAAUGGAAAUGAAUAACUGUUCUUUGUUUACGUUUUCAUUUUUAUUUAUCAUUGUUGUAGGUCUAUGGUACGACGGUACGACG